GCUGCGCGUGCGCGGACCGAGCAGUGGCUUUAAUUGGCCAGGGCUGAUCGCGCGCCGCCGGCUUGAGCCCUCAGGUCGCUGCCGGCGCUGAGGUGAUCCGGGUCACGGUUACCGGUUCGCUUCUCGGACCCACAGCCUACCGGGCCUCCUUGUCCACAAGCCCGGCGCCGGCAGCUCUUUUCGGUCGGCCUCCGGCCCGAUGGAAGAGCCUGCCACCAAACCCCUCAGCAGUGAGGAGAAGGAAAAGCUGAAGGAAAAAUUAGCUUUCUUGAAAAGGGAGUACAGCAAGACAUUGGCUCGCCUUCAGCGUGCCCAAAGAGCUGAAAAGGUUAAGAAUUCUAUUAAGAAAACAAUAGAGGAACAAGAAAUCUCACAGCAAUUAAACCACUCAGAACCUAAAAACAAAGUAUUUCCUAGUAACAAGUUACAAAUCAAUACCCAUCUCCACAAAGAAACUGAAGAAAAGACAUCUGUCACACUUGGCGUUGAGCCCAAGUCCUUUAACCCUGGAGAUGACACAGAGAAAGUUUUGUAUACACAAAGGACUGAUGACAUCCCAGAACAUUUUCCCUGCAGGGUCAAUGGCCCUGAUGGUGAGAAACAGCAGAAUAAGCUGCCAGGGAAAAGAAAGAAGCAGCAGAAGAAAACAUUUCUUUCUCAGGAGAGAGAGUAUGUCUUUGACACUGAUUCACUCAUACCGUCUGGAAAAAGACAAAAGGAACAGGAGGAAACCUGUAGCAAAAAUCCUGGGUCACCAGUAACUGAAAUAAGAAUUCACCUUUCUAGUCCUAAGUCUGAAAUUCUUGAUUCUCCAGUGCCAGUUGCAGAAACUGAUGAAGUGAAUGUAUCAGUUCUACCAACUGCAAAGCCAGAAAGGGAUGUUGAUCCACUCUUAAGAGGAAAUAAGUUUUCUAAGGAGAUUACAAUCCCUUCGCACAGUCCAUUAAAUAGCAGUAAUAAUCAGCACCUUGAACAAACACCUCUUACAGAUAACUGUGAACUUAUUACUCCAAGCUUAGAAAACAUUAGCCCUGUUUCACCUGUUAACUUGGAGGCACGAGGCAAAAACAAGACUGACUUUACAGAUAACCCAGUAAGUAAAGCUAUAAGUGCAAAUAGCCAGCUGCCUAGAAGUCCUAACUUACAGGCAGAUAAUUCAUGUCCUAAAAAUGAACUCAGUUACACUAACUUACGAGAAAAUAAAAAUCAUAAUGUAGAAGAUCAGAGUCACACAGAAAAAUCUUUAAGCUCUUCCAGUAGCACUCUUGGUGGUAGAAAUGCAAGUCUUAAGGAAAAUGAGGUUCUAAGUCAGUCUAAGAGUCUCAGCUUAGAAGCUGUUGCUCCUGUUUCAACAGACAAUCAAAUACAUUCUUGCACAAUGCUUGAAGGCCUUCUGUUUCCUGCAGAAUAUUAUGUUAGAACAACACGAAACAUGUCAGAUUGCCAGAGGAAAGUAGCUCUGGAGGCUGUAAUUCAAAGUCAUUUAGGGAUCAGGAAGAAAGAGUUUAAAAACAAAAAUAAGGAAGCAACUAAUAUUUUAAAGCUUUCCCAUGAAGAAACUGACCAAAAUGAAAUUAGAAUGUCAGGAACCUGCACAGGAUCAAGUUCAGGAAGUCCUUCUCAGUCAUUAACUGAGGUUAGCUCUCCCAUUGGGCAAGCUGAAUAUAGUAAGUUUUCUAGGAAGACAGUUACCCAACCAUCUAGUAGAAGGCACAAAGGAAAAAGAAAAUCAGUCUGUACCCCACCAUUGGAUCAUCGUGAACUACCUUUGCCAACUUCCAGCACAUCAGGUGUUAACAGGUCCAAGGACGAGGUCACCUUGUACAAAUAUCAGAACAAAAACGCAAUUGUUCAUGGGAAGGAAGGUCAUUGUCAAAAAGAGGAUUCCCUUUCUCCCACUAGUAAUGCUCAUUUAGCUUUGGAUGAUGAUGGUUUCAGUGCUCCAUUUUGUAAGAAUGAAAUGCUAAGUUUAAAGCAACUGUCAUCUUUUCUUAAUGUCACGGACUUUGAGUUACCUGAUGAAGACUUUGGGUCCCUUAAGCUUGAAAAACUGAAGCUCUGCUCAGAAAAACAAAUUGAGCCUUUUCAAUCAAAACUGUAUGGAGAGAAGCUUCUUCAAGAAGGAAAUUGUUUUAUGGAGGAACUGAUUCCUAAACAAAUAGAUACAGAAAUGGAGGAUGUGGAAGAGGAACAUGUUCUAUCAGGACAAGCACACCCUAACAUGGCAAACCUUGAAAGCCAGAAUACAAAGAAGGGCCUUUCUUCAUCUAUACUGCUUUUCACUCCUUUAAAUACUGUUGGACCUGAUGAUAAUGAUAUGUCUACCACAGACAUGUGUUCACCUGCUUUUCCCCUGCUAGGUACUACCCCAGCUUUUGGCUCCCAGGCAUACUGUGAACAAGUGUCUGCAGAGGUUGUCGGACAGACUUUCUCCACAUCCGAGUUUUCUCAAUUGAAAGACACAGGCAGACUUGAUAGUGAUAGUAAACAAUGCAACAGUUCAACCAGCACACUAACACUGGAUACCAGUGUGCAUGUGUCAGGUAGGCAAGGACAACCUGCCUGUGACUGCCACUCUGGCCCUCCAGCAACACCUCUGCCCAGUGAGUCAUUGACUAUCCAAGAAAAUCAACUUUGUGGAAACAUAUGCUUGGAGUUGCAUAAACAUUCGGUGGAACAGACAGAAGUGGCGGAUCUUCCUGCUUGUGAUGAUAGCAUAAACUCACAUAACCUACAGCUGGUUUCAAAGUUAAAGAAUGCUUCUGGUUCCUGCUCUGUGGAUGUGAGUGCCAUGUGGUGGGAAAGAGCUGGUGUCAAGGAGCCAUGCAUCAUAACUGCAUGUGAAUACGUUGUUGCUCUGUGGAAACCUCUGGAUGCUCAGCGGUGGAAGAAAAAUUAUACCUGGCACUUCACAGAGGUUCCAAUUUUACAAAUAGUUCCUGUGCCUGAUGUUGGUAACCUAGUGUGUGUAGCUUUGGGAAAUCUGGAAAUCAGAGAAAUCAGGGCAUUACUUUGUCCCUGUGAUGAUAACAGUGAAAAGCAAGUCCUACUGAAAUCUGGAAACAUAAAAGCUGUGAUUGGCCUGACCAAGAGGAGACUAGUCAAUUGCAGUGGCGCCCUUGGUGACCAACAGGUAGAAGUCGUGACAUUUGCGGAAGAUGGAGGAAUCAAAGAAAAACAGUUUUUGAUGCCCCCUGAAGAGACUAUACUAACUUUUGCUGAGGUCCAAGGGAUGGAGGAAACUCUGCUUGGUACCACUGUUAUGAACAAUAUUAUUAUUUGGAAUUUAAAAACUGGUCAGCUCCUGAAAAAUAUGCACAUUGAUGAUUCUUACCAUGCUUCAGUCUGUCACAAAGCGUACUCUGAAAUGGGGCUCCUGUUUCUUGUUCUGAAUCAUCCUUGUGCCAAAGACAGUGAGUCGCUGGAAAACCCUGUGUUUCAGCUGAUUGCAGUUAACCCUAAGACGUCCUUGAAUGUGGGAGUGAUGCUGUAUUGCCUUCCUCAAGGGCAGGCCGGAAGAUUCCUGGAAGGUGAUGUGAAAGACCAUUUUGCAGCAGCAGUCUUGACCUCUGGAACAAUCGCCAUCUGGGACCUGCUUCUAGGUCAUUGCACUGCCCUUCUUCCACCUGCCUCUCACCAAAGUUGGUCUUUUGUUAAAUGGUCUGGUACAGAUUCUCAUUUGCUGGCUGGACAAAAAGAUGGAAAUAUAUUUAUAUAUCGUUACGUAUGAGUCAGGAUAAGAUGAAAACACAGUUUCUGGAUAUAUUUGACCUCCUCCUCUGUUUGUUUCCAGUUGUAACUAUAAGAGAGAAUAUCUGAAGAACGCAAAAUAAUUACUUGUGUGCAUCAGAUUUGACCUGUAUUCUGAUGGUGGUGGCACUACUGAUCUUAAAUGUUCAUUUAAACUUUGGGGAAAGGAGUUUUAGAUUGAUUUUUAUAAUUCUCCACAUUUGCACUUUUGGAUUGAUUUUUGAAAUUCUCUACAUUUGCACAUUUACUUUUAAAGGUGUACAUAAAGUUUCAAGUGUCAAUAAAUAUUUAUUUUGA